GCCCCGCGCAGCUCCCCCUCCGCAGCCUGGGUCCCAGGCGCCAGGCAGCCAUGAGCGCCAACCCCCAAUGGGACAUCCGCCGGGCGCUGGGAGUGGCCGGGCUCUUCCACUUGGUGUGUGGGGCCCGGGAUGCCUCCGUGACGCCGUUCCUGACCCUCUACCUGAGGCAGCUGGGUUUGGCCGCGCCCUGGGUGGGCAUCCUGAUGGGCAGCAAGCACCUGACCGCAGCCUUCUGGGCUCCCUUCUGCGCCUUCCUGGCCCACAGCCACCGGAGGAGGAGGGUGCUGCUCGCCGGCUCGCUGCUGGGCUCGGUGGGAGCCAGCCUUCUGGUGCUGCUGGUGCCGCCGCUGGACGGAGACCUGGGGCACCGCUCCUGUCACGCGGGCCACGGCGCGACCCCCGCAGUCCCGCCGGCGGAGGCGGCGCCGGCUGUGAACUUCACCCCGGCCCAGGAGCCCGGCUCCAGCCUCCCGGCCCGGAGGGGUGCUGGGGUCAGCCGCGCCUCCGGCUUCAGCAAAGGACCCGCGGCAGGUGUCCAGGCGCCUUCCAGUCACCUGCCCGGAAACUCCGUGGGCCCCGUGGAAGGAGCCUGGACCACGUCCGAAGUCCUCCAUCCUGUCCCGUCAGGGAGGGAAGCGACUCCCUGGGAAGGUGCCUUUAAGGGGGUCAGCAGCGCCCUCCCUCUGCUCGCUGGGGGUCCCGCGCUGCGAAGUCCGGCCAAUGUGUCCGCCACCCAGGGGAACUCGGGGACCCUGGGCCUGUCCGUGGAAGGGUGGCGGCGGACUUUCAUUCCCGGCUUGGUGUCCUUGGUGUUCUGGGAGCUGCUGGCGGCCCCUCUGGAGCAGGUGGCGGACGACAGCCUAUUUGAGUACCUGGAUUUUGUGGACGCCACCGACCGGCACAGAAACCUUUGGGUCUGGAAGCUGCUGGGCACGGCGGCGGGCGUGUGCGGCAUCGCGGCCGCGGUGGAGCAGCUGGGCUGCUCCCUGAAGACCGGCGGCCCCCGGGGUGCGGUGUCCUUCUACGGCUACGCGCUGCUCAGCACCCUGGCUUUGCCGGUGAGCACCGUUUUCCCCGUCCCCAUCGGCAGGCGCCGGGAGCCCCGCUGCAAAACCAGCAAGGCGCUGUCUCUGGUGGAGGGCGACCCCCGCCUCGUCCUCCUGGCCGUCACUGUCUUUCUGACAGGAGCCGUCACCAGCACCGUCCAGAACUUUCUGUUCUGGCACAUGCAAGACCAGGGCAGCAGCGAGCUGGUGAUGGGUUUCUCCGUCGCCCUGGGCUUGCUGGGGGAGAUUCUGCUUCACCCGUUCAGAACCACGGUGCUUAGGAAACUGUCCAGGCCGGGCACGAUAGGGCUGGGGCUGGGCUGCCUCGCGGGGCAGCUGUUGUACUACUCUUUCCUCUGGAGCUGGUGGUCCGUGCUCCCCGUGCAGGCCCUGAGUGCCCUCAGCAGCGGGGCUCUGUGGUGGGCAGUGGGCGCUUCCAUAGAGGACCUGGCCACCCCCGGAACGGAGAGACCGCUGAGUGCCAUGUUCCGAGGCCACUUCUAUGGGGCCGGGGCCAGCCUGGGCAGCUUCGUGGGGGGCUUCGUGGUGUGGCGCUUCAGCCUGCCGGUGCUCUACCAGGCCAGCUGCGCGGUCCUGGGGCUCUGGCUGGCCCUCUUCCUGUCCGUCCAGCCCCGCCUGCCCCAGGAGCAGAAGAUCAGCUACUCCAAGCUGCUGGUCGUGGAGGCAAGUGACACAAGCGACUCCGAGCAGGGGACCGAGCGGGAUUGGCUUGUGAAGGCCAGUGUGGGAAGGAGCCAAAGGACUGGACAGAGCUCAGCCUGCUGAGGACGGAGUCCCCGAGUCCUGCCGGGGCUCCACGGGCCUCGGGGGAGAGAAAGCACGCCGAUGCGGGAGCCCCACGGGUUCCUCUCCUCGUCUGAUGGCAGUUCAAUUUUGUAAAAGGUCAUGGAGGAAAAAAAAACAUUUGCUAAAAAACCAAGUUCCCUCUGUGGUCACUGCCUUUUGGGCUAUGAGGUUUGCCAGAGCUUUACCA